AUGUGCUGGAGGCUGUUUACGCGCGGGGUCUGGAUGCUGGCGUGCGCGUCCAUGUGGAUGGAGUGGCAGCUCGGAGCGGUGCCCGCCGUCACCUACACCCACCCGGGCAUCUGCCCCAACGACAUGAACCCCAACCUGUGGGUGGACGCCAUGAGCACGUGCACGCGCGAAUGCCUCUCUGACCAGGAGUGUGAGCCGUCAGAGAAGUGCUGUCAGAAUGUGUGUGGAAACCGCAGCUGUGUGGCCGCACGGUAUAUGGACGGGACCAAGGGUCCUGUGGGCAUGCCCACACAGGCCAGCUGUGCCAGCUUCAUGUGCUCCCAGCAGGGCUCUGUGUGUGACAUCUGGGAUGGGCAGCCCGUAUGCAAGUGUAGGGACCGCUGUGAGAGAGAGCCUCACUUCACCUGUGCCUCUGACGGGAUGACCUACUACAACAAGUGCUACAUGGACGCAGAGGCCUGCUCCAAAGGUAUCAGCCUGGCAGUGGUCACCUGCUUCCACCUGAGCUGGCCCAACACCAGCCCGACCCUGCCCCGAGCCACCACUGGGCGUCCCACCACAGCCCCUCUCCACACCACUGCCCCCACCCCCACAGAGCCCCAGCCCCCCGCUCUGGUCAGCAGCCCUCUGCAGCAGACAGUCAGUGUGGGUGACACCGCCAGCUUCCUGUGUGAUGUGGUUGGACGUCCGAGGCCGGAUAUAACAUGGGAGAAGCAGCAGCCGGAGGGGGCUGAGCGCGUGUUCAUGAAGCCCAACCAUGUGAGGGGCAACAUGGUGGUCACCAACAUUGGCCAGCUAGUCAUCUACAACGCACAGCCUCAGGACUCUGGAGUCUACACCUGCAUUGCCCUCAACCCCUCGGGCUCUGUGCAAGCUCACCACCCCCUCACUGUGCUGCCCCCACAGCCUCUCCGCAGUCAAGGGGCCAAUCAGAGCCACUGCCUCGCCGAGGAGUGUGUGAAGCCCCCUGACAGCUCAGACUCUUGCCCUGGAGAGCGGGAGAGGGUCAGCUGGUACUACGAGCAGAAAGCCAACAACUGCCUGUCUGUGAGCCACUGCCAGGGCCCCGAACAGCACCAGGAGCAGCCUGGCCCCAAGUUGUUUGACACUUAUGAGGCGUGUAUGCGCUGCUGUGGCCCUGAGCUAUCGGGCCCCUGUGGACUGCCCAGUCUGCAGGGCCCCUGUAAGGCCUACGAGCCACGCUGGGCUUACAGCAGCACUCUACUCCAGUGUCAGUCCUUCAUCUACGGAGGAUGUGAGGGCAACGACAACAACUUUGAGUCCAAAGAAGCCUGUGAAGAAAUGUGUCCCUUCCCCAAAAACCAGCACUGUAAGAUCUGCAAGCCCCGCGGUAAGAUGGUGACCAGCUUCUGCAGGAGCGACUUUGUGAUUGUGGGCCGCAUGAGCGAACUGACAGAGGAGAAGAACUCGGGCCAUGCCCUGGUCACUGUGGAGGAGAUUCUGAAGGACGAGAAGAUGGGCCUGCGCUUCUUUGGCACAGAGCCUCUGGAGGUCACCUUCCUGAACAUGGACUGGACCUGCCCCUGUCCCAACAUCACGGGGGCAGCAGCAGAGGGCCCAGUCAUCAUCAUGGGCAGCGUCAGUGAUGGUAUGGCCGUGCUGCAACCCGAGAGCUUUGUGGGAGCAUCCAGUCCACGACGUGUACGGAAGCUCAAAGAGGUCAUAUCUAAAAACACAUGUGACAUUCUGCGUGCUAUUACCAACAGUCCCCAAUAGACUUCUGUCAGUCUGGAUGCUCUAUUUCAAGGAAAUAACUAUU